AUGGAGAACGCUCACAUCAAGGAAGGACCUGAAGUUCUGGCAUACUUUGGUGUCACUGAAGAUACGGGUCUCUCACCAGACCAGUUCAAGAGGAACCUGGAGAAAUAUGGCUUCAAUGAAUUGCCUGCUGAAGAGGGGAAGACCAUCUGGGAGUUGGUGGUGGAGCAGUUUGAGGACCUGUUGGUCAGAAUCCUGCUACUGGCUGCAUGUAUCUCAUUUGUACUGGCCUGGUUCGAGGAGGGAGAGGAAACAGUCACUGCCUUUGUGGAGCCCUUCGUCAUCCUCCUCAUCCUCAUUGCUAAUGCAGUGGUGGGAGUGUGGCAGGAGCGUAAUGCUGAGAGUGCUAUUGAGGCUCUGAAGGAGUAUGAGCCGGAGAUGGGGAAAGUGUACCGCUCCGACAGGAAGAGCGUGCAGCAGAUCAAGGCCCGCGAGAUUGUGCCCGGGGAUGUGGUUGAGGUCUCAGUUGGUGACAAAGUGCCAGCCGACAUCAGGAUCAUCUCCGUUAAAUCUACGACCCUGCGUGUCGAUCAGUCCAUCCUUACUGGUGAGUCUGUAAGUGUGAUCAAGCACACAGAUGCUGUCCCUGAUCCACGCGCUGUCAACCAGGACAAGAAAAACAUGUUAUUUUCUAAGAAGAAGAUCCAAACCUUUCUGUAUGGCAUCUAUUGA